UUUGCCUGUUAUAUUUGUUAGAUCGUCGUCAAAUGGUUGCCUUUUAUUCCUCCUAGCAAACGUUCAACUGAUCUAGUAAGACUGGUAUCAUUUUGCAUUACUUUGUACAAUUUUCGCUCUCUAAGCAGAAAGACUGUACUACUGUGACAAGUCGUACUGAUAACGUCCUCUCUGACCUUCCCUUGUGGUUGUGCCUGUCUGAUCACUCCCGAGGUCACAUGUCAAACUAUAGACCUUUACAUUACUGUUGUCUGCCGUCCGAGAGAAACACUCUCUGACCCCGCUUUUCUCAAAUACUUCUUAUCCCCGUCUUUCCUGAAAUGUGUCAUCACUGCUGAAGUGAAGCAUCAAACGUGUCAACGCAGUGUAACCGCAAUAUAACGAAAAGCUGCUACCUUGGGUCGACACAAACACACCUUUCCUACCCAGAUGACUAGCCAUUGGACAUGACAUUCCCAGCCGUGCCACUAUGUCUGGUGGUACACGCACGCUCAGGGUAGAAGCUGAAAUCCAUUCUUCAGACAGGGACGAUUCGACAGAUAAGACAACAGACGCUGAGAUGUGCACCAAGUGUGGUAGACCAGUGAAGGACCAUGUGGAAGCAGGGAAUGAGGUUGGUUCAAAAUGUGUAUGGCGGCUACGGGCGCCCCCACGGCGGAAACGGGCAGCCAAACGGGCAGCUGAUUCUCAGGAACCGCCUGGAGAAGCGAGAGAUGCCACCUCUCCUCCUGAAGCUGCUCCAGAGGAAAGUUCCCCUUCCCAAACAGUUUCACAGGAUGAGAUCGCCAGGUUACAGGCACAACGUGACAAACUCUUACGUCAAUAUGAGGCAACCCGACUGCAGCAAGAGAUUGCUGGACUACAAGCUGCUCUGGGAACAUCAGCAGCAGACAUCGCCCCGCCUCCACCAACACAGGCACUUGGAGCAUCUGCUCGCGAACCUAGUGCACCUGCCAUAACCAAUAUCCCACCUCCAAUCACACUACAGGAUGUUAAACACCAGCCUAGGAUCCAGACGGCUCUGAGAAAGCUGUCAACGUCUGUGGACUUUCUAAACGACAUCCUGGGCCAUUCCACGGAUGGGGAUGAGUACCAUGCGGAUCAAGAAACAAUUGACACUGACCAAUGGUCUCCUUCAUCAAGCUUUGUCCAGAAGGACCGUGAUCCUAACUCAGUUGCAUCGCGGACUGGAUAUAUGAGAAGACGAUUGGCCAUUCAGAGUCAGCGCCUUCGACAAUUGAGUAGAAUACAUGGCGAGACAAGGGUGGGAAUCGACCACGUUCGAGACUGGCUGGAAAAUAGCCACGCCGCACAUCCUGGUGAAGACGUCAGAAGUGGCAGCACAGACUCAGGAGUCCGAAGUCCCGUGGUGUCUCCAGCGUCACAGUUUGGUGGAUCAAUGCCAGAUGUAAAUAGCAACGAUGGACAAAGAUACCGUCAAAGACACCAAUCCCGGAUGCCUGCGAGGUCCCAAUCCUUCCAGUUAGGACAACAAAGGCCGAGUGCAUUGAACAUCAAGAGACGCAACCAAGAAUCCCGGAUUCCUCAGAGGUCCCAAUCCUUCCAGUUAGGACAACAAAGACCGACUAAAUUUAACAUCACGAGACGCGACCAAGGCAAAGGAGAACAUUUUAAGUACCCCGCAGCCGGCCCUUCAAUAGGAGUCAGAAGUCCUACAGUUUCUCCAACGUCGCCGUUUGGUGGAUCCGUGCCAGAUGUAAAUAGCAGCGAUGGACAAAGGCGCCAAUCCCGGAUUCCUGCGAGCUCACAAUCUUUCCAGUUAGGACAACAAAGACCAGCUAACAUCCCACCGCGUGACACAGGCCUCACUCGGACAGAAGGUUUAAUGAGAAGACGGAGCGCUCAAAAUGAACGUGUACAGUAUUGGAACUCUAAACUGAUUAUGCAUGAGAAGAAAAGAAUACAGAUAAGUGCUGUUGAAAACUGGCUUGAAUAUCAUCAUCAUCAGUCCGGUCCAGCGCCCGUUGACAGGAGGAGGCACUACUCCGAUACAGGUGGUCAUCAAAGAGGCCCAUAUGUAGGAUCCACCGAAGCGGAGAUAUCCAGCUCAUCCCAUUUUGGAGGAUCAAUGCCAGAUCUACAAAGCUUCAAAGGAAAGCACUACCACGGCUCGUUAUGGUCCCGUGGGACGACUGAGUCAUCGAGAAAGCUGAGCGAGCUAGGUGCCAUUGGAGAGGGGGUUGAAGAAUCUCUACCCGAAGAUGUCAGAGAUGAACACAUACAAUCAGGGAAAGGCCAAGUCGCAAAGCUGAGAGAAAAGUUUCCUUCUACCUCAACCCAGUAUAAAGACAAAAGAAUUUCGAAACACAGCGAUGGAUCCCGCAGUGCCCUUAAGGGAGACAUUAAGGUUGAUGAAGUAUCUAAGGCAGUGGGCACAGGUACCAAGGCAUUAGCCGACAAUAGCAUCAACAACAGACGACCUAAUAGAAGUGAGUAACAAUCUCCUUCUCUAUAUCAUUCCAUUCGUAGUUGUACAUGUAUAUAUGCUGCCAUUGAAAUAGCAUCUAUUGAGAAGCAAGCGUUCAACUUCAACGUAGUUUUGACUUCAAUAUCCCAAAUCUGGAAACUAGUAUUUUUUCUCGCA